AUGGAAAAUCAAACUACUGUGACAUAUUUUCUUCUUGUGGGAUUUUCUUAUAGUUUUCCAGUCCGUAUUUGCCUCUUCCUGGUGUUUUUACUCAUGUAUGCAAUAACUUUGGUAGGGAACACGAUGAUCAUGAUGGUAAUAAAGAAAGACAGUAAUCUACAGAGCCCUAUGUACCUCUUCCUAAGUCAACUGUCUUUUCUGGAUAUUUGCUACUCUUCAGUCACGGUGCCUAAGGUUCUCCUGAAUUUCUUCCACCGCCAAAGAAUUUUUUACAGUACCUGCAUCAUGCAAAUGUUUUUCAUCAUCCAGACAGGAUGCACUGAAAUCUUCCUUCUUACAGCAAUGGCUUAUGACCGAUAUGCUGCCAUAUGCAAGCCACUUCAUUAUGUUGAAACUAUGAACAUACCGUUCUGUAAGCUGCUGGUGGGAGGUGCAUGGGCAAUAGGUUUUGUACAUGCAUUGAUUAAUACAUUUCCUGUUCUGAAGCUGGUGUUCUGUGGUCCAAACACUAUCAGGCAUUUCAGCUGUGAACUCCCAUCUCUCUUGGCCUUAUCUUGCACAGAAACCUUUGUGAAUGCAAUAACAUUCUUAAUUACAAGUAGUGCAGUAGUGCUUUCAUCAAUCUGUGUCAUGCUGGUGUCAUAUACCUACAUAGUCUCUAUGGUUCUGAAGCUUAAUUCAGCAGAAGCUAAAAGAAAAACAUUCUCCACCUGCAGUUCCCAUCUCAUUGUUGUCAUUUUAUUUUAUGGCACUGCCUGCUUUAGGUAUUUAAGGCCGAAUUCAGCCUCAUCUGUACUACUGGAUGAACUCUUUUCCACCCAAUAG